AUGUCGACUCCUACGCCACCGCCCGCAUAUCUCUACAAAAUUAUUCCCUCCACGUUAUCUCCACCAUCUCCACUGCCACAAAGUCUAGAACUAUCAAAGUUAGAUGCUCAGGAUGGCUUCAUCCAUCUUUGCACUAGUCACCAAAUUAUUAACACACUAAAUGCCUUCUUCCAGACGGAGACUUCUGUUUUUAUUCUACGCAUUCCUUACACGCUUGUAGAAAAACAUAUCAAGUGGGAAGAUUCACACGGAGAAGCCGCAUAUAAAACAGGUGGAUGGGAUACAAUCCAUGACACCAAUUACUACCCACAUCUCUAUGCUUAUGAGAAAGAUGUAGUGUUGGGAGAGAAGGUUCUGAGGUUGGGGAGGAAUGAAGUAGAUCAAGUUGCCCGAUGGGAGAGGAAUAAGAAAACAUGGAUGAUCGAUGGGUGGCCUUUUCCCAGCGAUAAGCCCUCCUAA